UUUUUCUCAACGGCGCAUAGUCUUAUUCAAGAAUGAAGAUGAAACGUUUGUACACCGGAAUUGUACUUCUCAUGUAUAAUUACAUGAUACAAAGCCAGGAUGUGAUAUUCCCAAUUGACGAGGAGACGUUUCAUGUUAGCGGUGGUAACUCUACGAUGAUAACGGAACGUAUACCCGUGUUAAUACCGAGCAGUUGUCCGGAAAACAUGCUUCUCUAUCCAGGCAGUGGUUCGAAGGAUUCCUGGGUGUGCGAUUGUAAGCCACGAUUCCUGUACUUCCCAUUGAACAACUCUUGUCAUGAGGCCUACAGGCAAGGCCCUUGUCCAUCCGGAAAUUAUGUUGUACUUCCUAAGAAUGAGGCACUUCCUCAUUGCAUAGAAAAUCCUUGCUUCGAGGACGGCAUGGUGCCCUACAACGGCAUGUGUUAUCCUCUCCGAACUAGAGGUCCGUGUUCGUCUAAAGAAGUGUUACAAGUAAACGAGACCACCUUUCAAUUGGAAUGUGUGUUGGUGGCUGUGCAUGAUAACACUGUGUCUUUCGUGGGAACAACAGCUGUUCCUAAAAGGACGUGUCCAUUAGAUAGUUGUAGAUGCAUAUUUGCAAAAAUUUUCAAUAUACAAAUUUUCUGAUCCAUGAAGUUUUUUAGUCCAUUUUCGUUGCUUAUUUGCAUUUUACAUAAUAUACAUUUCAUUAUAUAAUUGUAUUUUUUAUUAUAUCAUAUCAAGAUAAUUUUAAUAUUUAGAAUUUAGAAUAACUCUGAGAACAAGAUGUAAUUUUGAUACAUAAAAAUAUGAUAAAUAAUUUUUUAUAAGUUUGAAUACGUGUUUAGGGUUUAUAAAAAAGUCGCAUUUAUGUAUGACAAAUAAAUAAAAGUAUUAUAAUAUGCAAGUAACAGAAGUA